GUGGCAUGCUGUUGCUUCAUGGACUUGGGAUGCACAGGACGAAACAUGUGGAAUUUGCAGGAUGGCAUUUGAUGGUUGUUGUCCUGAUUGUAAACUUCCCGGAGAUGAUUGCCCAUUAAUAUGGGGUGCAUGUAACCAUGCUUUCCAUCUUCAUUGUAUCUUAAAAUGGGUGAAUUCACAAACAUCUCAGGCUCAUUGCCCCAUGUGCCGUAGGGAAUGGCAAUUCAAAGGAUAAGACUUCUUCUUUUCAUCUUCAUCUUUUUGUAUCUUUGUGAAAUAAAUGCCAACAUUGUUAUUUUACUGUUAAAUGCCUCAAAUAUCACCUGUUCCAGUUGUCUCCCUCUUCUCUUUUUUCUUAAAUUAAAAACAAAGUAAAAACUUAUCAAUUUGGAUUUGGUUUCUUUUGCUUUACACGGGGGGUAGGAAAGGAGUAGCUUUCUCCCACUUUAAGGGCCCCAAUCCAAACGAAAUUUCCUAAAUAAUAUAUUUUUUUAUAGAUUGAAUUGAA